AUGGAAACCUGUCGAAAUCUGCACGAAGAUUGUCAGUGUGAUUGUCCACUGGAACUCCUUAAGAAGUUUGGGCGACCUGAAACUUCCAAUGCUUCACCUGCUGGCGCCGAUGAGAGCUCGUUUUGCGCCCAAAAGUGUAUGCAAGAACAGGGUUUGUUGCUGAUGAACACCUCAGUCUGUCCGUUCGCCUGCUACAAGACAACCUACCAGAAGCACAACCAAUUUGUCUUUGAGGACCAGACGCCCAUGAAUUCUGUGAAGUUGAUGUUGAUGCAAAGUGAUGCCAUCGAGACGCGAGUGGAGGAGGAGCUCUAUGGACUAGCAAAGCUCUUCAGUGAGAUUGGCGGACUUAGCUCCUUCUUCUUUGGUUUCAGCUGUCUCAUCAUCUUUGACCUUCUGGAGGCCUUGAGAGCGGAGGCCAAAACCAAAAAGCCUUCCUUUCGGCAACGCUGGCCACCUCUACAGCCCCGAGCUUACUUCCCCGGGAUACCCUAUAGGCCGCAUUGUCUACCCCUGGGAGAUGACAGUCCCCUGACUGCCCUGCAACGGAAGCCUAUAUUAGCGCUCGAUGAGGCCUCUAAGGCAGCUUACUUCAAAGUCGAUUUAAAUGUGUUAGAACUGACUUCUCGUGAGCCUGCGUCACCGAAGUGCCAGGACAAUACUCAGCAAGACUACUUCUUCUGCGCUACCUGGGUGUUAGAGGACUUUGAACUAGUGCCCGCAUUUGUAGAGAUUAAGAUUUAG